AUGGCGGCUACAGCGGCAGCAGCGGCUACGGUGGUAGCAGCGGCGGCUACGGCGGCAGCAGCGGCGGCUACGGCGGCCGGCGGUGGCUACGGCGGCUCCUCCUACGGUGGGUCUUCCUCCUACGGUGGCUCGCGCGGCGGCUACGGCGGCAGCAGCGGCGGCUACGGCGGGUCUUCCUCCUAUGGUGGCUCCUCCUACGGUGGCUCCUCCUAUGGUGGGUCUUCCUCCUACGGUGGCUCUCGUGGCGGUGGCUACGGCGGCAGCAGCGGCGGCUACGGCGGCGGUGGCGGCUACGGCGGCUCCCGCGGUGGCUACGGCGGCUCCUCUGCCCCCCCGGCCUACGACACCUCUGGGCCGAACUUCUACAGCGGCACUGCCCAGGCUUCCGGCGCUGCCAUGACCGAGGAGGACCUCUUCGCGUCCACCACCUCGACCGGUAUCAACUUCGACAAGUAUGACGACAUUCCGAUGAAUGUCGAGGGUCACGAUGCCCCGGAGCUGAUUACCACCUUCGAUGAGGCCCAUCUUCCGGAGAUGCUCCUCAACAACAUUCGCCUGGCCAAGUUCGACAAGCCCACCCCGGUGCAGAAGUAUUCCAUUCCCAUCGGCCGGGCCGGGCGUGACAUGAUGGCCUGUGCCCAGACCGGUUCCGGUAAGACUGCCGGUUUCCUGUUCCCCAUGCUGUCGCGUCUGCUCGAGCGUGGCAACGUCCGUUCUCCCCCGACCACCAACCGGUCUUUCAACCGCCAGGUCUUCCCCGAUGCCCUGAUUCUGGCUCCCACUCGCGAGCUUUGCACCCAGAUCUACCAGGAUGCGCGCAAGUUCACCUUCCGCACCUGGAUUCGCCCGGUUGCCCUGUACGGUGGUGCGCCGGUGCGCGAGCAGCUUCGCGAGCUGGACCGCGGCUGCAACCUGUGCAUUGCCACCCCCGGCCGUCUUAAGGACAUGAUCGAGCGCGGCAAGGUGUCUCUCUCCCAGUGCAUUUACCUCAUUCUCGAUGAGGCCGAUCGCAUGCUGGACAUGGGCUUCGAGCCGCAGAUCCGUGAGAUCGUCGAGCGGACCGACAUGCCGCCCGCCGGUGAGCGCCAGACCUGGAUGUUCUCGGCCACCUUCCCCCGGGAGAUUCAGUCCCUGGCGCGCGACUUCCUGCGGAACCACCUCUUCCUGACGGUCGGCCGUGUGGGUGCCACCUCCGAGAACAUCACCCAGGAGAUCCAGUAUGUGGAGGAGCGCGAGAAGCUCAACACCGUGCUCGGCCUCCUGCUGUCUAAGCACACCGAGGGCCUGUGCCUGAUUUUCUGCACCACCAAGCGUGGUGCCGACUCCCUUGAGUACAGCCUUCUUCGCAACAACAUCACCGCGGCCGCCAUUCACGGCGACAAGGAGCAGUACCAGCGUGAGAGCGCUCUGAACGCCUUCCGCAAUGGCCGCGUGCGCAUCCUCGUCGCCACCGAUGUGGCCUCCCGUGGUCUGGACAUCCCCGAUGUCAAGCUGGUCAUCAACUACGACCUGCCGACCCACAUCGACGACUACGUCCAUCGCAUCGGUCGUACCGGUCGUGCUGGUAACACCGGCAUUGCCAUCUCCUUCUUCAACGAGCAGACCAACGGCAGCCUCGGCCGUGACCUGCUCGACCGCCUGGUCGAGGCCAAGCAGGAGGUCCCCUCCUUCCUGGAGCGCUACCGCUUCAGCCGCGGUGGCGGCGGCGGCGGCCGUUCCGGUGGCCGUGGCGGUGGUGGUCGCUUCGGUGGUCGCUCCGGCGGUGGCCGUGGCUACGGUGGCGGCGGUCGCGGCUACGGCGGCGGCGGCGGCGGUCGCGGCUACGGUGGCGGCGGCGGCGGCGGCUAUGAUCGUGGCGGCAGCAGCAGCUACGGCGGCAGCAGCGGCGGUGGCGGUCGUGACUACGACCGUGGCGGCAGCAGCAGCAGCAGCUAUGGUGGCCGCAACUAAGGCAAAGCAAUACUUGGCGAGGGAAGGUGAUCCCCUCCCCCCUGUUGCUCUCCCUCAUCUCCCUUUUCCUUUUUCAGGCCCUUGCUUCCCUCCUCCUUUUUUUAUUGCGCGUAGAGCGCCGGGCGGUGUGCAUAUCGCGCAUUCUCAAGAGGCCAUUCCCCUCGCCCUCCUCUCUCCUACGUGUGUCCCACGGAAGGGAGGACUCCGGGCUGUGCCAGUGAGUCCUGCGCUGUGCCUUGUUCCCCCUCCUUUGUUGUCUCUUUUCCUUACCCUGCCUCUGUUGCCCUGCGCCUGAUUGUAUUGCGGGUGACAGAGCCAGAGCGUGAGGUCCCCCCCCCCCCCACUCCCCUCCCCAACACAAUACAGUCUUACAAGCAUAAUUCUAA